AUGGCCAUUUUAGGAUCAGCAUCCGCAGGCUUCGUCCGCGAGCCUCGCCACAUUCAAGACUACGGCCAGGCCAACACGACAACAGUGAAUUACUGGGGAUAUGCCAGCCGCGUGCUUCCCUGCACAAAUGAUGCCGGGUCCUGCGCGUACCUGGACGUCGUGUACAAUGCCCACGUCGCCGGCAUGCUCUACUCGGGCAUUCUAUGGGCCACAAUCUUGGGCGUCUUGUUCGUCUGGGCCGUCCUUCACUACAGCCUUGGCGCGUCCUCCUCGGUGCCGUCUUUGCCGACGAGCGAUGCCAUAUCAGCAGCCGCCGACGAGCCGCUGGUCGGACAGUCUCGUCCCCGAACCGGAGGUCUACAGAAGCUGCAAUGCGCUCUCUCGGCCUGGAGCACCCAGCUUCUGCAGCGAGAGGCCCCGCUCAGCCGCAUCUUUGGCCACGCCACGCGACUGCAGGUGAUGGUCCUGGCCGCACUGGUCGGAUACCUGGCCGUCUGGUCGUUUGUCGGCAUCGUCUAUGACACCUGGGUGACGCCCGUGAAGCAGCUGGCGGGCGUCUACAACACGCGGACCAGCCUCGGUCCCUGGGCCGACCGACUCGGCGUGCUGGCCUUUGCUUUGACGCCGCUCUCGAUCCUGCUGAGCAGCCGCGAGUCGGUGCUGUCACUGCUCACCGGUGUGCCGUACCAGAGCUUCAACUUCCUUCACCGCUGGCUCGGCUACCUCAUGUGCGUGCAGGUGGCCUUGCAUACCAUCGGCUGGACCGUCAUCGAGGCCCGGUUGUACCAGCCGCAGCCGCGCGUUGGUGCCGACUGGAUCGUCCAGCCGUACAUGGUCUGGGGCCUCGUCGCCGUCGUCCUUCUGGCCCUGCUGGCCCUCCUUAGCACACCCUGGGCCGUUCGCCGAACCGGCUAUGAGCUCUUCCGCAAGGCCCACUACGUCCUCGCAGUCGUCUACAUCGGCGCCUGCUGGGGCCAUUGGGCCAGGCUGCGCUGCUUCUUGCUGCCGUCGCUGCUCUUCUGGGCCGCCGACCGGCUGGCUCGCCUCUUUCGCACCGCUUUGCUGCACUACCGUCCGCUGCCCGAGGGUGAUGGCUUUGGCUUCCGUUCUGUCCCGGCACGUCUUCGCCUCUUUCCCGACGAUCCAGAGGCCGGAGACGUCGUCCGGCUCGACCUGGAACACAACCAGGACGAGUGGCACCUCGGCCAGCACUUUUACCUCUGCUUUGCCGACAUCAGCAUAUGGCAGUCCCAUCCAUUCACGCCGCUCAACAAGCCGACUGUCCGCGGCGGCCGUGUCGUCCAUUCGUACCUCAUCCGUGCCAAGGCUGGCGAGACCCGGAAGUUGGCCGCCCUGACAGCCCAGAAGCUAGCCCUCCAUCCCACCACCGAUGCUACUACCCCCGUCAUCAUUACCGGCCCCUACGGCGAAGACAACUCUCGCCACAUCCUCUCUCCUGCCGCCGAGAAGAACAAUGUCCUCUGCAUCGGUGGCGGCACAGGCAUCGCCUAUGUUCUCCCCGUGCUUCUGGCUAUAGCCGAGCGCAGCAUGGCCAUGGGCUCCUCUUGCAGUGACCGCAUCGUGGAGCUCGUCUGGGUCAUGCGCUAUGCUGACAAUGUCGAGUGGGCGCGUCAUGAGCUGGAUUUACUGCAGCGCGCCACCCAAAGCGAGUCAUGCAGUCUCCGUUUGCGCAUUCGCCUCAUACACACCCGCUGCAGGUCGGCAGUAGAAGAUGCUUCAGGCUCGAGCGAUGACGAGAAGGCGAAGGAAAGGGACAAAAACGCCUGCUGCUCUUGUCCGGCAGACUCGCCACCCUCACUGGACGUCCAGGUAGGCGGCGACGCCAACUCGUCCGAUGCCGCUGCAAGGCACCCCGAUAUCGCCGCGAUCGUGUCUGACUUCGUCGACUCUACAACCAGCGGGCCUACCGUCGUCUUCGCCUCCGGUCCAGGCGGCAUGAUCAGCGACCUCCGGACGGCCGUUGCCAGUUGUGCAUCCGGAUCCAAGGUGUGGAAAGGUGAUGCCCGUUACGACAUCCGUCUUGUACGUGAUGACCGGUUGGAGUAA